AUGUUCCAAACCAUUGUCAUAGAGUUAUCUAAUAUAUUACCUACGCCAAACAUUGUUUAUUGUCUGGUCAUCGGUGGAAUAGUUUUAGUAAAAGCUUCAGAUAAUUCAGCAUCGCGUACAGUACAUUUUCCAGAUACUAAAAUCAUAAACAAUUCUCCAGCACGUGAAUUAGUAUUAUCGAAUUCGAAAUCCUACAAUGAAAAAUCAGUAGUAGAUAAAAGAGUCGGUUACGAACACGAACAUCAUGACGGUUACUGGAAGAAAAAAUUAAUAUGGAAACCGGAUUGGAUAAAAAUAUGGAAACCGGGUACGAAAAAAGUUUGGAAAACGACAUGGAAACAAUUUUAUAAACCUUAUUGGAUACCGACUAAAAAACCCGUUUGGAAACCUAUAUCCGUCCCCGAUUGGAAACAAACGUGGAAACCUAUUUGGACAACGAUUGAAGUACCAGCUUGGAAAGACGUACCAGUGCCGGAUUGGAAGAAAAUAUGGAAACCGGUUUGGGUUCCCGUGAAAGUCCCCUCUUGGAAAGAAGUUCCGGUACCCGAAUGGAAAAAAUAUUAUAAACCCGUGUGGAAGCACAUUGAAGUAAAAGUUUGGAAACCCGUUUACGUCCCUUACUGGAAACAAUACUGGACUCCGAAAUGGAUAAAAGUUCCGAUUCCAGGCUCUGCAACCGUAGAUAAAGGACACGAUUAUGAAAUAAUCGCUCACGAUUUGUGGAAAAAAAAACUCGUGUGGAAACCCGUUUGGAAAAAAUAUUGGAAAACAGUACAGAAAGAAUUUUGGGUACCUGAUAAAAAAUUAGUUUGGAAACAAGCAUGGAAACAAGUUUGGAGAACGGUUAAAAAAGAAACAUGGGCGUGGAGUAAAAAAUUAGUUUGGAAAACGGGUUGGAAAAAAGUAUGGAAAUACGUGCCGAAAAAAAUUUGGAUACCUAAAAAAAAAUUAGAUUGGAAACCGGCAUGGAAAAAAAUUUGGAGAACAAGUCAGAAAUUAGUUUGGGUACCUGAUAAAAAACUAGCGUGGAAACCAUACUGGAAACCCGUACCAUAUCCAACCUGGAAAAAAAUUUGGGUCCCCGGUUGGAAAAAAGUUUGGAAACCUGUUUGGAUAUCCGAAUGGAUCAUCGUUCAACAUGACCAUCAUCCUCCAGAACAUGAUUGGAAACGUAACGGCAGAGUUUUCAACCAAAAUCAAAACUGGAAUGGAAAUUCAAACGUUCCAGAAUUCAAAGCUUUACCAGAUUCCCAAAGACGUAUUUAUUCUCGUACUCAGACGCAAAAUUUAAAUUCUAAUUAUGGCAGAGGAAUACGUUUUGAUGUCAAUUACUCUACAAAUAAAAAUAACGGUCAAAAUAUUCAAAAAAGUUGGAGUUUUCCAUCACAAUGA